CCCCUCACCUCCACCCCCUUCCCUGGCCCACCCUGUCCCUGCUCCACCUCAGGCACGGAGUAGUUUACCCAUAUCACCUCCCCCCCAGACCCUGCCCCAGCAUUCCCCACCUCCAGCAUGGAGCACUUUGCCCAGCCCCCCCGUGGAGCAGUCACCCCUAACUCCACCCCCACCCCUGAUAUCUGACAUGCCGAUGCUGCCAUCACCUCCAACCCCAACCUCCACCUCAUUCCCUCCCCCACCUCCAGCUCCACCUCAGGCUCGCAGCAGUUUCCCCAAUGUGUCUGCUCAGCCGUCGCCACCGCCCCCUCCUCCACCCCCACCACCUCCUCCACCUCCUCCACCUCUUCCCAACCAAUCCCACCACGCCACCCCAACCAUGUUCGCCAAGUACAGCACCAUCACCCGCCUCAAGAAUGCUUCACAGGCCAACAGCCAAUUAAAGCCUUCCUUGCUGGCCCAGCAUCUAGUGGCCCCUGCCCCACCACCCCAGUUCAUCAAGCCCCAGUCACCAACGGCUGUCAAUGUCCCACCUCCACCUCCACCUCCUCCUCCACCUCCCAUGCCGGCCCCUGGCUCUGCCAUGGCUGUGCUGAAGCUGGGCCCUCCUAGCCAUGCCAUGGCCCAGCCCACCCCUCUGCUCCGCCCACAGCCUAUACUUCCCAUUGCUCACCUGCAAAGCAAUGGCUUCCCCCCUCCACCACCACCCCUCAGCAGCAAUGGCCUCCAGCAGGUCCUUGCCCAGAGGUUUCCCAAUCUUCCACUGGAUAUUUCACCCCCUGCCAGCCAUGAAGAGACACCACCUCCUCCUCCCCCACCUCCGCCUCCCGCUCCAGUUCCACCCCCACCACCCCCCUUACACAU